GGGAGAAGAAAGAGGUGUGGAGGACAGAGGAGCAGCCUCCCACACACACAGUAUGAGGGCUGCUGUGGUUGGAGCCUGUUUCUCCUCCCUCCCUGCAGGCCUGGGAGAGGAGCAUGGGCACCACCAGGUUGGCAGCUUUAGGGCUGCCUGAAUUACCUCUCCAGAUCCUGAGUCUGAUUAGGUUCCAGAGACAAAGAGUGCUAGUGUGUGCAGAAGGUGCCCAGGGAACCCCCUCCCUACCCGGCCCUUGCCUGGAAUUGGUCACCUGGCUUGGCUGGAAGGGCCUCUAGGCAGGUUGGGCCAGAUCCUCCCUCCUUCAUUCUGCCUUGAGCCACAGGGGAACAAAGCUGGAUCAGUCCAACAGGUACAGAUGAGGACACUGAGGCCCAGAGAGGGGGCCUGACUUGUCUAAGGUCACACAGCCUGGACAGAGCUGGGCCAAACUGGGUCUCAAGCCUAGACAACCAGCACCUUUUCAUAUGCCCACACCUGUUUCCCUUUCUCCCCCCACACCAUCGAACCUCUUGGAGGCCCAGCAGGCAUCUCAGCACUACAGUCUACCCUGAGUGGGUAAAGUUAAGUAAGGUACAGGGUCAGCAUUGUGUGACCACAGUGAGGUCUGCAAACCCAGUUCCUGGCACAGACUCCCUGGCCAAGCCCUAUGUACUAUACCUGCUCCCUCACAUUUACUCCAUAUAAUCUCUGCUGAAGGUCUUGGGGAGGGAUUCACCCACCCCCAUCCCAGCUCCAGCCUAGAGAUGCGGGUCAGGUGUCCUGGAGGCCCAAAGCUCCAGAGGCCUGGAUGGCCCCUGCUUUCCCUUAUCUUUUCUUAAACUCUAGAUGUGCAAGGAGCUGCCACCAGUCUCCAUGGCAAACGUUGCCCCUGACCUCCAAAGGGCCACAGCCCAACCUUCCUUCAGACCCCCAAUCUUCCAGAAAAAGGCAUCUGGCAUCUUGGGAGAGGAGAUUUGAGGGGUUGGGAGGGUCUCAGCCUGGGCCGUUUUCCACAGCUUCCUUUGGGGUUGGGGCCUUUCAGGACCCUAUUUUUAUAGCUGAAGUUGGGCUAAAGGGCCCCUGGCACAGCAAGGUACCGGAAGGCUUCCGGCACAUACUUAGCAUUGGGUCUGUGCUGGGCCCUGGCUGGGCACUGGGGACCCAGCACAGGGCAAGACAGACAGGGCCCAGUCCCGGAGCAGCUACCUUCCGGGGGUGCGGGAGCAGGCUAUAAACAAGGCAACAAGGUCAACUUUGAAGAAGUGCUGGGAAGAAAACAACCCAAGGGAUGUGGAAGGAGGAGCCAGCCUUAUGAGAAUCUUGGCGGAGUCCUGGCAGAGGGAACACCAAGGGCAAACCCUGGUCAGGAAACCCUCAGGGAGGAGCAGCAGGAAGCUUUGCCUGAAGGGUAGAGGCUGGCAGGGGUCUGGGGAAGGGGCCAGAGGGUGUCCUAAAGGGUCACUGCAUCUCUGGGGGCAGUGGGGAGGAACGCCCAUGUCACAGAACUGAGGGGAGUUAACUGAGGGCCUGGCGCUGGAGUGUAUGUGCUCAAUCAACUGUAGCUGCUUUUUGUUCACCGUCCAGAGUGCCCACCACUCCCUCCAGGGCCAUGGUCUAGGUGGGGCCUGCUGUGGGUUUCCACGUGGGUAGGUAGGAAGAAGAAAUCCAGGCCGGGCACAAUUGUACAGGUCCAGGCAAGGGUUGGGGAUCCCCAGCCCUGCCCAAGAGGCCCAGGCCAAUGGCGUCAUUGAGGCCCCUCGCCAGCUCCGGGGCAGGAGGCGACUUUCAGGAGGACGCUUUGUCUGGGCUGCGCCAGAGCCAUCGCCAGGCGGGCCCGACCACCUGGACUUAGUCGAGGUGGAGCAGAUGGGGGAGCAGGGGUUUCCAGGUGCUCCACAGCUCCCGGGCAGGUCUCGGCCAGCCCCGCCUCCCGUCCUCGGGGCAGGUGUCUCCAACCCCCGUCGCCCUGCUUUCCAGCCUUUUUCCCCCUUACUCCGGCCAUCCCUUUGAUCCCGGGCCCGCGGUCACGGACCCCUCCUUCAGGGGCAGGUUAAGGGGAGGAGUCGGAGCCCCAGAACACGGAAGAGGGGGAUGGGCUCAGAACAGAUUUCAGGGAACGAGCCUUCCUGGGAGGUUGCUCCCGCUCCCUCCAGCUGUCCCGUGGUAUCCGGGGGUCCUCUCCGGCUGCUGGAGGAGGGCGUCGGAUGCCGGGGAAGGAGGCGGCCCAAACCCCCAGGGGUCUCCCCGCCCCUUCGGGUUCAGUCAAGCAGAGGUGAAACCUGAACUCAGGUUGGGGGCGGGGCUGGCUCUUGCGCCGACUGGGCUGGCCUGCGCCUCCACCCCCGUUUUCCUUCUACCCCUCUUUUCCCUGCCCCCGGGCCAGCUUCUGAAAGAGUAAAGUCGGGGUCUUCGAGCCGCUGGAGCAGGGCCGGCGAUGGAGCCCGAAGCCCGGGGGCGCUCCCCACCCUGAGGGCCCAAGCAGGCGGCCAUGAUGCCCCGAGGGCGCCCCCGGGCGCUGGGGGCGGCCGCUCUGCUCUCGCUGCUGCUGCUCCUGAUUGGAUUCUUCCUGUUCCGCGGGCACCCGGAGUACGGGCGGCCGCAUGGGGUUGCUGCCCUGGAAGGAGACCCACCAGCGGACCAUAGGGGCCACAACAGCUCGGACUGCGUGCCUCCGCGGCCGCUGCUGCCCAAGUGCGAGCUCUUGCAUGUGGCCAUCGUGUGUGCAGGACAUAACUCCAGUCGAGAGGUCGUCACCCUGGUGAAGUCCAUGCUUUUCUACAGGAAAAAUCCACUGCACCUCCACUUGGUGACUGAUGCCGUGGCCAGGAACAUCCUGGAGACACUCUUCCACACAUGGAUGGUACCGGCUAUCUGGGUCAGCUUCUAUGAUGCUGAUGAGCUCAAGACCCAGAUCUCCUGGAUCCCCAACAAGCACUACUCUGGCCUCUAUGGGUUAAUGAAGCUAGUGCUGCCUGGGGCCCUGCCCCCUGACCUGGCCCGUGUCAUUGUCCUAGACACAGAUGUCACCUUCACCUCUGACAUUGCAGAACUUUGGGCACUCUUUGCCAACUUUUCUGACAAGCAGGUGAUCGGUCUUGUGGAGAACCAGAGCGACUGGUACCUGGGCAACCUCUGGAGGAACCAUAGGCCCUGGCCUGCCUUGGGCCGGGGAUUUAACACAGGCGUGAUUCUCCUGUGGUUGGACCGGCUCCGGCAGGUUGGCUGGGAGCAGAUGUGGAAGCUGACAGCAACGAGGGAGCUCCUCACCCUCCCUGCCACCUCUCUGGCUGACCAGGACAUCUUCAAUGCUGUAAUCAAGGAGCACCCAGGGCUGGUGCAGACCCUGCCCUGUGUCUGGAAUGUGCAGCUGUCAGACCACACACUGGCUGAGCGCUGCUAUUUGGAGGCGUCUGACCUCAAGGUGAUCCACUGGAACUCACCAAAGAAGCUGCGUGUGAAGAAUAAGCACGCAGGAUCCUUCCGAAACCUCUACCUGACCUUUCUGGAGUAUGAUGGGAACCUGUUGCGCAGAGAGCUCUUUGGGUGCCCCAGCCCACCCCCACCUGAGGCUGAGCAGUUGCAGCAGGCCCUGGCACAGCUCGACGAGGAAGAUCCGUGCUCUGGGUUCCGGCAGCAGCAGCUCAGUGUGCACCGUGUGCACAUCACCUUCCUGCCCCAUGAGCCACCACCCCCCAGGCCCAAUGAUGUUACCCUAGUGGCCCAGCUCUCCAUGGACCGGCUGCAGAUGCUGGAAACACUGUGCAGGCACUGGCCAGGCCCCAUGAGCCUGGCCUUGUACCUGACAGAUGCAGAGGCCCAGCAGUUCCUACAUUUCGUCGAGGCCUCGGUGGUGCUCUCUGCCCGGCAGGACGUGGCCUACCAUAUGGUUUACCGCGAGGGUCCCCUCUACCCUAUCAACCAGCUUCGCAAUGUGGCCUUGGCUCAGGUCGUCACGCCGUAUGUCUUCCUCAGUGACAUUGACUUCCUGCCUGCCCACUCCCUCUAUGACUACCUCAGGGCCUCCAUCGAGCAGCUAGAGCUUCGCAGUGGGCGGAAGGUAGCUCUGGUUGUGCCAGCAUUUGAGACCCUGCACUAUCACUUCAGCUUCCCCAGUUCCAAGGUGGACCUGCUGGCCCUGCUGGAUGCUGGUGCUCUCUACACCUUCAGGUACCACGAGUGGCCCCAGGGCCAUGCACCCACAGACUAUGCUCGCUGGCGGGAGGCUCAGGCCCCAUACCAUGUGCAGUGGGCCGCUGACUAUGAGCCCUAUGUGGUGGUGCCGCGUGACUGUCCCCGCUAUGACCCCCGAUUUGUGGGCUUUGGCUGGAAUAAAGUAGCCCAUGUCAUGGAGCUGGAUGCACAGGAGUAUGAGCUCCUGGUGCUGCCCGAGGCCUUCACCAUCCACCUGCCACACACCCCAAGCCUUGACAGCUCUCGCUUCCGCUUCAGCCCUACCUAUCGUGACUGCCUCCAGGCCCUCAAGGAUGAGUUCCACCAGGACUUGUCCCGCCACUAUGGGGCUGCUGCCCUCAAAUACCUCACUGCCCUGCAGCAGCCCCAAGGCCCCACCUGACCUUAGGCUGGGCCUGCGCAGUUCACCCCUACCCUUUGCCUUGGCUCUUGUGCACACUCCCUGAAGACACUGGGGCAACCUUGCUGACCUUCCCACCAGCCCUGCUAUUUAAAUUAUUUAAGUCUCUGUGGGAAGGGCUGCAGUGGAGCACCUGUGGGUUGGGUUUUAGGGACUUCCCUUGCUGCUAUCUAUGCCUGGGGUCUAGUCUCUGCCCCCACUGGUUUGGGGCUCAUUUCACCAUCCCCAGCUCUACAUCCCCUUUUCAUAAUUAAAGUUUUAAAAGCACUUUUUCAUGUUCCCCUUGGCUUGGGGCAUGAGGGCAUCAGUAAGCCCUGGGAGGUGCUGGUAUCGCUGGGGUCACUGGAGGACCUGGCCAUCCCCUGGAGGAUGACUGGAAUAUGUCUUGUCCACCCUUCCCCUGCCCCAAACCCAUCAUCAUGAGGCUGAGAGACUUUAUUUGGCUUUAUUUAGUAAAAUGUUAAAAUAAAUAAAUACAAAUUGA